AUGGCGGCAACGUUGCUUGGUCAGCUUCCAUUGUGGAUCUUUGCCACGUUGCUGACGUGGGCCGUGUGCUGGUUUGCUGUCGCGCCGGUGUACUGCCAGGAUGAGCCGACCUGCGCAAAACAAUUGAAGACCUACCCGCGCUACUACCACCUUGUGUCUACCGCCGCUUUGAUUGCAAUGUGUGGGCAUGAGGUCAUGGGCUUGAUCGCCACCUACAUGGGAGCGCAGCAAACGCAAGCCUUGAUCCCGCACUUGAAGAGCCGGUGCCUGCCCAGUUUCCUGCUGGCACUGAUGUUCGGAGUGCUGGCCACGGCUGAGCGGGGCUUCUCGCGAUCUGAGUGGACCGUUGCGCAUGUGAUGCCCAGCGCGGACGGCCUGACAGCCGCCGGCCGGCCAGUAUACACCAUGCAGUACAUGGAGUGGGGCAUCAACGUGCCCAUUCUUUUCAUCUUGUCGGGCUACUGCAGCCUUGGCCGGCCCAUCUCGGAGAUCUCUCGCCCGCUGGUGGUGACCAACAUUUACGUGAUCUUUUGCUGGGCGGCCACUGCCACGGACUCAGGGCUCCUGAAGUGGCUGCUGAUCGCGGUGUCAUUCGCCAUGUACGCCUGGGCCUCUGUGGACAUGCUGGGUUGGGUCAGCGAGUUCGAGCGUGCGGCGCCCCGGGACUUGCCCAGCCGCAGCAUCCGGCCGUGGCUGUCCAACGGCCUGAUCUUGCACUUCAUGCUCUACGGCGUGGUGUACAUGUCCUCGGUGAUGGGGCUCAUUGAUGCCCAGACCGAGCGCAAGGGCUUCUUCGUGCUGACCUUCGGGGCUAAGAUCGCGUACUGCGCGGCCUUCGUGUUCAUCCGAGCGGACGAGUACCACAAGACCCUGACCGACGUGCUGCGCAAGGUGAGCGUCUCCAACGUCGGCAUGAUCUCCAUCCUGCGCGGAAGCUUCGACAUCAUCCUCCCGUGCGUGCUGGAUGGGGCCGGGCGCUGCAAGCUGCCGCCCCAGAUCUCCGGGGACAUGGAGAAGUUGGAGAAGAUCUUGGGCUGCCACGUGGCGGGCGCCAACCUGAAGGACCUGCUGGCCGGAGAGGAGGACCGGGCCGAUUUCUCGGCCUACGUCCGCAACGUGGUGCGCCAGGCCGACAGCCCCCAAGCCUUCAGCGAGGCGACGCUGACCACCGGCGGCGUGUGGUCCUGCGGUGCGUCCAUGCCGCCCAUCGCGCAGGUCUUGCACAGCAAGAUGAAGGCCAAGGGCCCGCAGAUGAAUGCGACGCUGCACCUGUCCGUGGUGCCGCGCUCGGCCGUGAGCAUGGGAAAGGAGCGGCACCUGGUGGCGGCCAUCCAGUUCUCGGCGACGGUGCCGGAGGACAAGGAGGCGGAUCUGGGGACAGGCUUUGAGAGCUUCAAGCACGAUGAUGCCUACGCCUCCACGGGCGGCUCCACACAUCCCCCCACGGACUCCGGGUCUUCCGGCAUCGUGGCGAACCUGGCGGACCUCAACAAGCUCGGGGCGUCUGCUCUUCUGCACGGCUCGGUGGAGGCAAGCGACACGGGCUCCAUGUACUGGGGACCCUCCAUGGUCUCAGACGAGACCAUGUCGCACCUGGGGGCCUUCAUGGAAAAGGCGGCCCUGGGAACGGUGGCCUUCGAUGCUCGCAUGGGAGCUUGGGAGGGCACCACAAGCAAGGCCCUGGGCGCGUACAGCCAGCGCAUCGAGUUCCAGAACGACUGCAUCCAUGCGAGCAUCACCGUCAUGGGGCAGACCCUGGAGGGCCGCUUCCGCAUGAACUGCUCCACGGAGCCCUACCAAUUGGACAUCGAGGUGCUGCCCAAGGGCAGCAGCUGCCCGCCCCCUGCGAUCCCGUACAUCUUCAAGUUCCAGGACGGCCGUCUGCACCUCUGCGGCCCUGCGGACGGGCGCAUGCACCGGCCCAGCAACUUCGACGGCCCGGGCCUUUGCGUCAUGGACCGCGCGGGCGGAUUGACCACCAUGCCGACCAUGCCCAAGUCCGAUCGCCGCGAUCGACUGGAGACCCGCAGCGUGCGCAGCGCCGGCGUCUUGAGCCGGACCCCGAGUUCAGCCGCAACUCCACCGAGGAGCCACCCCAGAAGCCUGCCCAGAUCGCCCAGAUUGCCGAGAAGCCUGCCCAGAAGCUGA